CGUUCGCCAACGUCACUUCCACCGCAGGGAAAAAACAUGGCGGCUGCCAGUCCGUCAAAUUCGGCGCCUUCACUGCCCAGUAAUCUAAUAAUUAAGACCGAGCCAGAAGAUGAGGAUGCUCUACUGAUAAGCCCGGUGGAUGUGCCGGUUAAGCGGGACCCCGUGGUCCCGCUCAUGGCCCCGGUCAGCGGGCUGCAGCCGCUCGCCUGGUCGCAGGAUCACCGCCUGGCUGUGUGCACCACCAGCUCCAUGUCUCUGAUGGAGCUGGUGUGCGAUGUCCACAGCAACAAACAAGAGCUGACGCUGCACAGGACCUCAAUCCCCGUGCCGACAGAAGCGUUAAAAAUGCGGGUGGGACCAUCUGCAGAGCUGGCUCAAGCGAUGGAGAAGUUCUCUACACAUCCAGACCCCACAGUAAGGCAACUUUUUAUGGCCGACAGAGUGAUAAACCCAUCGAUAGGACUUCACAAAGGAAUAAAAUACGCCAGUUGGUCUCCGUUAGGUUGUGACUCUAGCGGGCGCUGUCUGCUCGCUUGCCUAACACUUGACCACAGACUCACCAUUCACAACAGCCACAAGCGUCUCGAGUGGAACAUGCUAGUUGAUCUCACCAAAAAGUACAGCGAGAGGCUAAAGGAGCGAGGCUACUCCAAAAAAGACAACCAGCCUCCGCAGGCAAACCUGCUGGACUUUGAUGAGCUGCAGCGGCGCUUCCGUAUGCAGACUCCUCUGAGGAUGGAGUGGUCGAGCGUUUAUACGACCAAACAGGCUCAGCCGGACAACACGUGCAAAGACAUGGAGAUGGUCCUCCUCGCCGUCUUAAUGGAAAACGGCGAUGUUGUUUUGUGGAAGUUUGUGUUGCCCUUUUUAGACACUGCAGAUGUUGAGUUUUAUGACAUUGUCGAGUCAGGUGUGACUCGACCCAGCGACUUGGCGUGGUGGGAGUAUGAAAGCGCAGAUCGGCGGAUGAGCGGCUUGAUCGUCGGCAGUGAGGUGGGACCCGUCAAGAUCGUGCCGGUCAGCCUGUCGGGGGUGAAGGGCUACUUCACCCUGCGACACCCGGUCAUCCUCUGGAAGGAGUGCGACGAGAUUGCCGUCGAAAACCUCAAAUGUGUCCCGAUGAUCCACCCGAUCCAAAAGUCCAGCUGCAGCCUCAUCGUUGCCUCACGCGGCUGCUAUGUCUUUUGGUGUUUGCUCAUGAUUUCACCCGCCGGUCUGAAUGUGCACAACUCUCAUGUGGCCGGGCUGCACUCGCUCCCUGUGGUCUCUCUAGCGAUCAGUCAGCAUGGCGUCGCAGUGUACACAUGCUCUGUAGACGGGUGGAUAAAAAAGCUGACGCCCACAUUUACAGAAAACACUUUGAUUUUCAAACAAGAGGACAUGUUGCGACCUGAGAACCUCACAGGGAGGAGGAUACACGGAAUUGCAGUGAGCCACAACGGAGCGUACAUUGCGCUCGCCAGCACACAAGGUAUGGUUGGCGGCUAUCAUCCAGUAAACAGGACCUACCAGGUUCAUUUUGUGACCCUGAAAACGCCAGAAAUGGCAGCAGCACUGCUGCUCAAGUCCCCCACACAGAACUUGUACAAAACGGCCGACCUGCUUGAUCUUGUGAGGUGGCAAAUUUUGAAAAACAAGAGCAUACCUGCGUCGCUGCUGGAAGAGCUCGAUAAAAAGAUCCAGGAAGUAGACUCUCCCUACUUGUGGCGUUUCAAGCUCUUCUUGGUGCGUAUACUUUACCAGUCGCUACAGAUGCCUCCCACAGAUCACCGAUGGAAACCCACAUCCGAGGAGAACAAGGUGUUUGUAAGGGACGAAGAAGAGGAGGAUGGAAAGGAUGGAAAGGAUGGAAAGGAUGGAAAGGAUGGAGAUGACGGAGAUGACGACUCCACACAAGAGAAAGGCGAGCCUGGUGAAGUAAAACAGGAGAAGGAGAAUCAGAAAGAGCAGAUGGAGGAGGUGCAGGCUUGGAUCAAUGCUGUAGAGACCCACAUGAUGAGAGAGAACAUGAAGAAGGUGCUGGGGGUGGUUUACCUCAACACAUGGAUUGCUCAGAACACCAGCAUCCCCACCUGUGGCCUGGUGGAGUACCUCUCCAGAGACUCUAACGACAGAGCUUCAGAGGUCCUGAUUGGCCACAUCAAGAACAAGAUGAACAAGCAGACGUUCUCGGAGCGCUGCAGCCUGUGUAGGCGGGUGCUGCCCUUCUUGGACCACAAACAAGCCAUCUGUAAAAACGGUCACAUGUGGCUCAGGUGUGUGUUGUCAUACCAGGCCUGCCAGACGCUGACGUUCAGACGUUGCCUCCUGCUAGAUUCCAUCGCCAGACUGCCAGAGCCCGAGGAUCCAGAGUGGAUAAAGAAGAUACUGCAGGCGCCCUGCACGCUCUGCGACUCGCCGAUGAUCUAGAGCUGAACGGCGGGAGGAACCUCAGGGCCUUUCCUGCGACGUCCAGGGCUCCCCGCUCUGACGCAGGGUCCACUUAUGUCAGACAUCACUGCUUUGAUUUUAUAUUUCAUGUUUUUGUUACUUUAUAUUGGGUUCUUAAAAGUGCAAAUAAAAGACUUUGAUUAUA